AUGGAUGGGAACCAGCAUGUCCCAUUCCUUGUGAUGGCUGAUAGAACAGCAGGCAAUGAGAAGUCACAUCCUGGUGGUCAAGACCCUGGAGGACCUGAACUGAGAAUUGUCCUUGUUGGUAAAACUGGAGCUGGGAAAAGUGCAACAGGAAACACCAUCCUUGGCGAGAGAAAGUUUGAGUCCAAGCUAAGUGCAAAGUCAGUAACUGAGACUUGUGCUAAAGGAAGGGUAACGUGGGGUGAGAGGGAGGUUGUAGUUAUCGAUACUCCUGAUAUUUUUGAUGCAAAGGCCCCUGUUGAAGAAUCUGCCUGUGAGAUCACUCAGUGUAUCAUGCUGUCCUACCCAGGCCCCCAUGCUCUGGUGCUGGUUACACAGCUGGGCUGUUACACUGAGGAGGAUAAGGCAGCAGUUAGGAGAAUACGGGAGAUUUUUGGAGCUGAGGCUCUGAGGUACAUGAUCAUUUUAUUCACCCGGAAAGAAGACUUAGAAGAUGACUCACUGAACGAUUAUAUAAGAGACUUGGACAACCAAGAUCUUCGGGAGUUGAUUACAGAUUGUGGGAAUCGAUGCUGCGCUUUCAACAACAAAGCAACUGGCACAGAAAGGGAUGAGCAGAUUAAUGAACUGAGGAAAGUGAUUGAGGAAAUGGUGGAGGUGAAUGGAGGCCGAUGUUACAGCAAUGAGAUGUAUAAAUGUGCCAAAGAGAAGAUUGAACAACAGGACAGGGAACUUGAGAAAAAGUACAGAGAACUAGAGGAAGAAAAGGUAAAAGAAAUAAUACAUCACUUCAAGGAGAAAUAUAAAAAUAUAAAGGAAGGCUUGAAGUCAAGGCCAGAGGAAGUAAAGGAAAUACAUCUGGAACUAGGGGAGACAGUAUAUCAAGCUUUAGAAAUGCUGUCAAAAGCUCAGAAAGCCACAGAGGCAGAACAGGAAGAAAACUUGCUGAAAGAAAUACAGAAAUACUACAAGGAAAAGCUAAAACAAGAGAAGACGGAAGCAAUGGUGAAAAGGAAAGGGAGAGAAAAUGAAGAAACUGCUGAAAGUGCACAAGAAAGCAGCCACAUCAAAUUAAAAUUCAUCCUUGUUGGUAAGGCAGGAGCUGGGAAAAGUGCUACAGGAAACACCAUCCUUGGCAACAAAGUGUUUGAGUCCAAACUGGGGGCAAAGCCAGUAACCAAGACUUGCAGUACAGGGAGCAUGAUCUGGAAUGGGAAGGAGGUUGUAGUUAUCGAUACGCCUGAUGUAUUUUCUCCAGAGGCCAGUGACACAGAAACCUGUCGAGAGAUCAGUCGCUGUAUCGCGCUUUCUGCCCCAGGCCCCCACGCUCUGGUGCUGGUGACUCAGCUGGGUCGUUACACUGCAGAAGACAAGGAAGCAGUGAAGCGAGUAUGGGAGAUUUUUGGAGUUGAAGCGAAGAGGAACAUGAUUGUCCUGUUCACCCGGAAAGAAGAUUUAGGGGGUAACUCAUUGACGGACUAUGUGAGAAAUUCACAUAACAAAAAUCUUAAGGAGCUGAUUCAAGAGUGUAAGAACCGAUACUGCACUUUCAACAACAAAGCAACUGGAGCAGAGAGGAACAAGCAGGUUAAUGAGCUGAUGGAAAUAACUGAGAGGAUGUUGAAGGAGAAUGGAGGCAGAUGCUACACCAAUGAGCUGUAUUCUGAGGUGCAGCGUAUACUGGAUGGAGGAACUGAAGAAAAGUACAUGAAGAUUGAAGAAAAGCUGAGAGAGCACAUGGCAAAACAAAAGACACCCAAGAAAGAGGCUAUGACUACUGGACUACAAAACAUGUUGAGACAGUUAUUACUCUUACAGCCAGAGUAA